AUGGAUGCAAAAUCAUCCACAACUAAAACGCCAGGUCAAGACCAAAAACAAGUGCCAGCUCAUUCGCAACCUUUUUCACAUAAUUUUAUUUAUACCAUCUGCGCAAAACGAUAUAAAGUUGUAUUAGGAAUAGAAGAAGGAAGAAGAGAAAGAGCAGGAUGUAAAUGCGAAGUAGUUAAUGAAAUGGGGGAAGGAAAGGAAAAGGAGGAGAAACGUUUGGAUAUAAAAGAAAUCGAAGAAGUAGGAGUGAGAAAGUAG